AUGAGUCUUGAUAGCUUACAACGAAAUGUGAUUACAGUAAACCUAGGACAUAUAAUGACCGGGUACUCCAUUGGCUGGUCAUCACCAGAGUUGGUGAAACUGUUAGAUGCAGAACAGAGCCCUCUACCGGACGUCAUCACAACUACGGAGGCGUCGUGGAUCGCGUCUUCAUUUACGGCUGGAUUAAUUAUAGGUAGCGGGAGUAUGUGUGUAUUAUUUUAUGCUACAAUGAUAUUUGAGAACGCGGUUUCAUCAGUAGCUCCAGAAACAGCUUCUAUAGUAUUGGGAUUGACACAGUUUGCGGGUGCAAUAGUAACGCCGUUUUUUAUUGAUAAGUAUGGGAGGAGGACGUUGCUGAUGACAUCUUUACCGUUGUGUUGUUUGUUUCUGGUGAGUUAUAGAUAA